ACGGCCGAUAAUUGUGUGGGUGCUAAUAUACUUCGGUAACGAACGUAAUUCUCGCCAUUCGUCUCUUGCCGGUCCUCUCCCCGCCGAUCAGCUGUGGCUUCAUCACCGGCGACGAGCCACUGAACAGAGACAGCGGUUCCAAGCGUCUCAGGAUCUCAUCCCUCCAUUGGCGCUUUUGCUAGAUCCUGAAUCUCCAUUUCGUCUUCCUCUCCGCCUCUACAUCCUUCACCGCGAGAGCAGCGAGCUAUGGAAAGGAAUACAUGGCCCAGUGGUGACGCCUUAUCCGCCGUGAGAUCUGAUGAGGAUCGCCGGAGUAUGGAUUCCACAAAUACUGAGCAGUUUGUUAAAAGUGCUUCUAGCCGUGGAGGCGGCAUCGCCAAAUCCUUCAGAACAGUCUCCAGGAAUUCUUCUCAUGGACAGUCAACCUCAGUUAUCACAAAUGAAUCAAUACAAGAUUCCCUCGGUAGGCUUAGUUAUAGAGGUUCCAAACGGAGAGGUUCAUAUAGCCUUUCAAGGGAUCUGGGUGAUCAGAUGUUGGAGUCUAUCAGUCUUUCAAGGGAACUAGUUGGUCACAUUUUUGGAGAGGUUGACAGUUCUAUUGUAGCGCAAAUAGGAGAUAGCGGGUAUCACAAGAUUGGACGUGAAGAAGAUGACAAUGAGCUUGAGAAUUUGGGAAUUCCUACUGAGAAUGGACUCAAGCGUUCAUCAAUUGAUGUGAAGAUCGUAUCAGAUGGGUUUCCUUCUAAACCUUCUGGUGCGAAUUUGGGCUCACCUGCUUAUCUCUUGGAAGAGGAUAGCUCGUCUCCUUUUCCUGCUAAUCUGAUGCUGCAUUCUACUGAGAAGGAUAAGAUGCAGAACAUGCAUGUUGCAUCAGAAAAGGAUAAGCAGGGGGGACUGCCUCCAAGUCUAGAUUAUAUUUCAUACUUGAUCCACUUGGCUGUUUUUGGAAUUCUCGGGGUUUUAACGAGAUAUUUACUGGAAAGGCUAUUCGGUCCUGAUCUUCUGGCCCUUACAGGAGAUGAUACACCCCUUUACCUUGAUCUCCCCUCAAACAUGUUGGGUUCUUUUCUUAUGGGUUGGUUUGGCAUUGUAUUCAAGGCUGAUUUACGAGAUGUAUCUGAACAUUUGGUGAUCGGAAUAACAACAGGUUACAUGGGAAGUCUUACAACUUUUAGUGGAUGGAACCAGAAAAUGCUCAACUUGUCUUCAAAGGGUCACUGGACUUAUGCGGUCGCAGGCAUUAUUUUAGGCAUGUUAAUUGUGAAUGAGUGUGUCAAUAUUGGGGUGGAAUCUGCUGAGUGGCUCCGUAGUUGUUUCUUGCAAUGGAUUGAAAAAUGUCCAAAGAGAACCAAAAACAAGCUUAUGAAGCUGAAAUUGGAUACAUUUAAGCGGCACGUUAUGGUUAUGAUAUUCAUGUUAGCAAUCUGGGUGUCAUUAUGGUGCUUGAGUGGUGCAUUAGCGAGAAAAAAGUUAGACAAUCCCACCAGUGGCGCUGUCCUCUGGUUAGGCUGCUUGGUUGGUCCCAUUGGUGUUUGGGCUCGAUGGUACCUUGCUAGGCUUAAUGGCCAGGGCCUAGGAAAGAAGGGUUCUCUCAAAUGGCUCCCCAUUGGGACACUAUUGGCUAAUUUUCUUGCAGCAUGCCUUAUGGCAGCUCUUGCAACAAUCAGCAAGGCGGUGAACACAAAAAGAUGCACAAUCAUUUUGAGUGGAGUCCAGUUCGGUUUCCUUGGUUGCUUGAGCACUGUGUCUACCUUUGUUGCAGAAGUUUAUGCCAUGAGGCAAAGUGGGCACCCUGGGAGAGCUCUUUCCUACGCAAUUUUGACUAUCCUUCCCUCAUUUGCUGCAGGAACUCUCAUAUACUCAAUACCAGUAUGGACAAAGCAUUACAAUUAGAAAUUGGUCUCUAUGGUAUGAUCAAUAUAUUUUUAUGGACUAAGCUGGUUAUGCUUGCAAUUUAUCAGCUUUUCUUCAGCAAAUAAUAGACCAAAUUGGCUACGAAGUUGAUAGAUCUUCCAUAUGUAGUCAAAUUAAUACUUCUUGGUUCUUAUAGAAAUGUUGCUUAUUAGAUGUAACAUAUUCAUAUAACAUUUUGAUGAAAAUACU